AGGUAUAAGCAUAUAUAAAAGAGAUGAUACAUGUAAACGAGAGGUAGUUUACAGUUAACGUUCAUUUAAGUAUUAUCUGUAAAUAAAAUACUUUAAUUAUUAUAAUUAUAAGUAUAUAUAUUGUGAUAUCAAGAAAAAAUAAUUGUUUAAUAUAUAUAUGAAAAUAUUUGGUUGCAUUUUUUAGAAAAAAAUAAAUAAAUAAAAUUACCAUAUGUAUUAAAAAAAAAAAUUUACAUGCAUAAAAUAUUAUAAAUAUAUUGAAUAUUAUUUAAAAAAAACGCUAUUAUGAUAGCUAAAGUGUUCCGAACAGUGUUUAAUAGUGUACAAACUCUAACAUCUUCCAGAAUGAAUUUACUAAGUACCGCUGAAGCUACUUUGCAGCUAGCUGCUUUACAAGAACGUUGUAUUCUUGUUGAUUCAUAUGAUAAAUCUAUUGGUGAUGCUACAAAAAAAGAAUGUCAUAUUGUUAAUCCUGAUGGACAAGUUUUACUUCAUCGAGCAUUUAGUGUUUUUUUAUUUAAUAAUAAAGGAGAAUUAUUACUUCAAAAAAGAUCUGCUAGUAAGGUAACAUUUCCAAAUCAUUAUACAAAUACAUGUUGUAGUCAUCCAUUAUUUGAAAUUUCUGGAGAAACUGAAGAACACGAUGCAAUUGGAAUUCGUAGAGCAGCACGAAGAAGACUCAAUUAUGAACUAGGAAUUCCUCUAUCACAAAUAUCGAUAUCAGAUUUUGUAUAUUUAACUAGAAUUCAUUAUUUUGCAGUAGAAAGUGAAUGGGGUGAACAUGAAAUAGAUUAUGUACUGUUUAUACAAAAAGACAAUUUAAAAUUAGAUCCAAAUCCAGACGAAAUUAGUGAACUUUGUUGGAUAUCUCAAUCAGAAAUUAAUAAUUUUGUAAAAAAUCUUAAUGCACCAUUAACUCCUUGGUUUAAAUUGAUACUUGAACAUAAAUUACCAGAAUGGUGGAAUAAUUUGCAUUCAUUAAAAAAAUUACAAGAUCAUAAUACAAUACAAAGAUUUGUAUAAAAUCUUUUAAUUAAAAUCUUUUCAUGAAAUUAAAAUUACAUAAUUUUAUCAUACUAAUUUUUUUAAAAAUUUUAAUUAAUUAAAAAAAACAAUAAUAUUCAAUUAAAAUUAAGAAAUUUAAAUUAUAAAUAUUAAAAACUUUUAACACAAAAUUUAUACAUUAUACAAUUAAAUUUUUUAUAUAAUAAGUUGCAUACUAUAAAUAUAUAUAAUAUACUUUAAAUUGGUUCAUUGGUAAAUCGAUGAACUUUAAGUAAAUAUAAAUCAAGAAACAUAAUAUAAUUUUGAUAACUUUUGUGAACAAUUACUAUAAAACAAUUUAUGAAUAUUUUUUGCGAACAUUUUUAUUAUAAAAAAAAUAAUUUUAUAAAUAUAUAUAUAUGAUGAAACGAA